AUGCUGAAUUGCGAACGGUGCAUUUGGCUCAUUUCUCAGUCAAAUAGUAUUUGCUUUAUAAUAUUCCAAUAUACGGGAGACUUAUGCAGCUCAACAAGACUCUCGGCUGCUUUACAGAACCCGCGGAGAACACGACAGGCGGACACCUCUUUUUUCCACCCAUCAAACGGUCAUCUGGAGGUGAUCAAGGUUCUCCUCGACGACGGGGCGGAAGUCACAGUUACGGACAACGACGGAUGGACACCAGUCAAUGCAGCCUCAUCAAACCGCCAUCUCGAGGUAGUCAAGCUUCUCCUCGAAAACGGAGCGGAUAUCGGAGUUGCAAACAACGACGGAUGGACACCUCUUUAUUCUGCGGCAUCAAACUGCCAUCUCGAGGUGGUGAAGCUUCUGCUCAACCAGGGGGCGAAUAUUAGUGUUGUAGACAAGAGAGGGUGCACAGCUCUACAUAUAGCCGCAGAAGACGGUCAUGUGGAUGUGGUCAAGCUCCUCUUCCAGUCUUUACAAGCUAGCCUUCAUGUUCAGGAUAAUGACGGACGGACAUCUCUCUUCUUUGCUGCGACAAGAGGUCACAGUGAAGUUAUACGCUUACUGAUUUCAUAUACUGCUCUUCCGAAUGUGAAUGACCGCUAUGGCACGUCUCCGCUGUGCGCUGCAAUCAGAAAUGGACAUCAAGAAGCGGUUGAGAUUUUGCUUUCGUUAACAGAAACCACAGCCGAAUUUGGGAAUGGAUUAGACCGGAAUUUGGCCUGGUGGGCAACGAAAUCCGGAUGUGCUAGUAUCAUUGACCUCGUGCGGAAAUGGGCUCAGAGAAUGGAUAUUGAGAUCUGCGAAAGGGACCUCACGGUGGGAUGCUAUUUAGUCCCAUUCGACCGGGCUUCUAGGUCGUGCGAUGUGUGCACUCGCUGUAUAUCAUCGGGUUGCGCCGACCAUCGUUGCGAAGUUUGUCAUGAUUUUGAUAUAUGCCUGGAGUGUUAUGGAUUCGGCAUUCAAUGCCGUGAUGCCUCUCACGACUGGAUUCUCCGGGAACCGAACAGCUCGACCUGA